AUGCUUCUCCUCGUGAUGCUUCGCAAGUUCCUGAUACUGGCGGCACACGAUCUGGAUCGAACAACUCCGGACAACAAGGCCGGUCACAAAGUCACCAUUCAAGCACACAGCUUGCGAAUCUGCCCGAGAGCACAGACCAUCAACGUCUUGUCCAGUAUGCCCGAGAAGCUCUUCGUGUCAUGGGUUGCGAAUGGGGGGAGUCUCAGCAAGUUUGGAAAUCUGACACAGUUUGACAAAAUGCAGCCCCAGUCCAUUCCUGAGGCUGUUGAGGCAUCAACACAAUACUCGGCUCGCCACCGCUCAGAAAAUCCUUCUGGAAACGAGGGAGAUGAAGAGCAGGAUGAAAAUGACAAUGGGGUAGAUACCAAUGGUGUCAGUGUGGACGGGAACAACCCAGAUGGCGGCGGUAGACGUGGGCGCGGCAGACCAACGGGGACCAAAGGACAGACUGGCCACCGCUGUGAGCGCUGCAUCCUCCAGCAUAAGAGAUGUGACGCUGUAAAGCCUGUCUGUGGCAACUGCGCGAAGAGAAAGCGCAAUCCGGAUUGUCACUGGCCCGGGGCCAUGACACGGAGCCAACUGCAGACGGUGAGACACGAGAACACAACAUCUUCUGCUGCUGCUCCUUCACUGCCUCCAAAGAGACUUGCCUGA